UCCCGGCUGGAGAAUCUUACAUCAUGCUGUCGAUAGCUUUCAGAGGCCGGCCUUCGAGCGUUUUGAGUCUAACCAACAAUCACUUGUCAGGAUGUGGCCUGAUCCAAUCAUUUUCGUCCUGCCAGAUACAUGCUGCUCGUCGCAUCUCCACCGAGGGAGAAUUGGUAGCAAUGUCGCCUGCGAUGCGAUGGUAUUACAGAAACAUGGAGGUUCCUGACCUUCGGGAACGAUGGGCUGCGAAUCGCAGGUCGAAGAGUGCUGAUUACCGUCUGAAGAUGCGUUCAUUGAACUCCAAGGCAUACGCGCAGUACCUGGAUAAGAAAACAAAAAGAGAAGCGUUUAAGGUUCAUGAAGCAAAACCAGAAGUGUAUGCCAGGAAGUAUAUGGCUAGAUGGCUGCGCAAUCUUUCGGUCAACCCACGGGAAGCAUUAUGGUGGCAAGAGAUCGAGGAGCCAGAGAAAUUCGUCUGCCACAGCUGUUAUACCAAAGACGGCCUAGCAGCAGCAAUGCUCAAAGGCCAUGAGAAUCUCAUUAAUCACACUAGGAUGCCAUGGCCGAAACCAGAUCAACGCAGGCAGAGCGACCGACCACAACCAGAGCGCGAACACCCUGAACAGUCAACGACAAAUUCUGAAGAGACUCGGGUAGCAAAACAACCUGAUCCUAAGAAACAACAUCCCGAAGUCUCACAUAAAGAGUAUCUAGCACUGGCCUAUGCGCAUCAACGAGGGGCUGGAGAGAGAUACGUUCCCUUCUUGAAUGUUCUCGAAGAGGUCCUUGAGGACAGCAUAACAUCCGAUGAGGCAGCGACUCGAGUCUCUGCUUUUGUCUUAUCACAGGAAGAUUUUCUGUCUAUAUACUCUGGCGUUUUGUCAAUGAUUAUCGGCGCAGCGCAGCUACUUUCUGAUCAACGAGAUCUUUUCAAACUCGCUGAUCUUGUGCUGGCACUCUCGCGGUUACCCGAUGUCCGCAAUGAAAGUAACGAGACGCUUCGUCUAUAUCACGAACCCAAAACUUAUACCAUAGCGCCUCAAGAGGUCAUUACAGUCGACAAUGGCAAGAUCUGGUGCGGUCUACCUUCUUUUAGCACCGAGCUAGGCGAUUCAAUGCGUGAUCCUACAGCCUACAUCAACGACGGCGUUCCCGAACACAUAGCCGAACAACAAUGGACAAACCAAAACACCUUUGCCGCUUACGUCAUCUUCAACACCGCCAGUUCCUCAUAUUCAUUCGACUACUUGUAUACCUUUGCUUUUCGCUGCAUUGCUGACUCGCUAGAGUGGGAUGCCAGAACUGAGCAAGGGAUGUUUUCCGGCUAUGAGAUAGCUACGUAUUGCGGGAGGCAAGCUUUGGGUUUUGCUGGGCCUUUGUGGCGAGCGUAUUGGGAAGAUGAUGGAGACAGGGAUGAAGAAGAUGGAAUCAACGCGAUUACUGAAGCUCGAUGGCUUUGGUGGGCUAGAAGGUUAAAUGGGUUGGGACAGAGCAAUAUAAUUGACGAGGAAGCAAAGGCUAUGGCGGUGAUUUGUGCGGAGAUGAUCAGGAGGUGGGUAGCAGAGGAUGAGAUGGCGCAUCAAGGA